AUGAGCGGCUAUCUGUGGAAAUACUACCUCGAAGAUGAUGUCGACAACUUUCGGCAUGUACUCGCAACCCCCACGCAAUCGCACCGGGCGCCCGCACAGAAAGGCUUCGCUGGCUGGCAGGGAGGUGUGUCCGGUGGCGCCGUGAACGGUAGUCCGGGCAGCUACAAUGCUUCGCCGAUAACGAGUAUCAAGAGUCGCAAGAUGGGAAUGGGUGCAGCUGCGAAUCUGACCAGGUUUGACAUCAACAGUCGAGACGCAGCGGGCAUGACAAUAUUACAUCAUGCCGCCUCAUCAACAGCUGACAGCGCUGUCGACUUUGCCCAAGCACUUUUAGACCACCCAUGGACUGAUGUGUAUAUUCAAGAUGCGGAGAACGGCUGGACUGCGCUCCAUCGGGCCUUCUACUUUGGCAACAUCGCAAUCGCACGUCUUAUCCUAAACCGCGAUGCUCAGGAUAUUUUGGGUCAAGGGGCUAGCGGAUUCAACCAGCAUGCGCGUGGGCUUGUCAAGAUCAAGGACAAGGAAGGCUAUGGUCCCCUGGAUUUAUUCUCAAUGACCAUCAAGGAUCGAACUCUGAGACCGGAAGAGGCGCCUGUCAUAGACUCGGACUCAGACGAUGAGAUGGCUCAUGGAGACAGUGGCGAUGUCGACGACGAGACGCGCAAGAGGCUAAUUGCACCGCCUGUGCUUCUCGAGGGUGACGAGGUAUACACUUUUGGCAGUAAUAAGAAUGUUACGCUCGGCUUUGGAGACGAAGACGAUCGCCAGUUUCCCGAACGCAUUACUCUGCGCAGACCAGAUCAUCUACUUCAGCGCUUUUAUAAAGAACAUCGCGACCAACAUAAUCAAUACCUGGCAGCUAUAGGUAUGCCGAUACAGGAUGUUGGUCCUCAACAAGCGCGCAGUACAGUAGACCUCCCAACGCACAUCCGUAACACUCCAAUCGUUAUCCAAGACGUUCGAAUGUCGAAGCUGCACACCGCCAUCCUGACCACCGAUCCCAUUUCCAAUCUAUACAUGUGUGGCCAUGGCCCCGGUGGGCGCUUGGGUACGGGUAACGAGACAACACGAUACCAGUUCACUUGCAUAGAAAGCGGUGGACUAGGACAGAAGAAGGUUGCUGGAGUCGCCUUGGGCCAGAAUCACACUCUGGCCAUCACUGAGGAAGGAGAGAUCUUCUCUUGGGGUAACAAUGCGUACGGACAGCUAGGCUACACACUUCCAAAGCCCACUAUGAAGGAUGACGAUCCCAUCUCUACGAUUCCUCGACAGAUCUUUGGACCGCUAAAGCGUGAUAUCGUCACCGGUAUUGCUGCGUCGCGAAUACAUUCUGUCGUGCACACCGCAACCUCUUUGUAUACUUUUGGCAAAAACGAAGGCCAACUCGGCAUCGUCGAUUCAGAUGCUCGAUCACUGGAGAUGCAAGUCGUGCCUCGCAAGAUUGCUGCCGCCCUCUUCUCGAGCUCCAUUCACUCAGUCUCCGCCAUUGAUGGUGCCACAGUGUGUCUCUUGGAAAAUCGCGAAGUCUGGGUUUUCGCAAACUACGGCUAUGCAAAAUUAAGCUUUCCAUUGGACGGCUUCACAAGCAACUUCCUCAAGGAAAGUUGGUUGACAACAAAGUAUGAUACCGCCCCAAACAAAAUCAGCAAAAUCACAUCCGGUGGCGAUACCAUCUGUGCGCUAUCCACUUCAGGUGAAGUCUUCACUGUCGCCGUCAGUCGACGCUCAGAGGGCCCGCAGGACUCCAGUACAUCGACAACCAACCCAAAGCAAAUACGUGGAGCUCUUUCUGCACCUUUUCGCAUUUGGUCUUCCAAGAAAAGUCACAUGGCAGCAAGAGACGUUGAUGUUGACCAGGAUGGAUCUAUCAUUUUGACCACAGAAGUCGGUAGUGUUUGGAGGCGUACUAAAAGAGCAACUAUCAAGAACGCCAACGUCACUGCUGCCGUUGGUAACAAGCCGAAAGACUACAAAUUUCAGCGUGUUUCCGGUCUCACUCGAGUUAUUGCUGUCCGUGCUUCCGCCUUCGGAGCAUACGCUGCGAUCCGAAAGGACUGCAAUGUCACUAGGACACAAAUAGGCGUGGACGAGGCUGGCCUUUGGGAGGAUCUGGCUCCGUUGCUCUCUUUCCAUGAAUUGACUGAAUACGAGGAGACAUCGGAUGAUGAGGAGCCUGAGCCCAGGUUCUGGGCUCGAGCCACGGAAGCACAGGGCCUGCGCAAACGCGUCUUGAAAUCUAAAGACCUAGAAGCAGAAAUAAUAGGCAUCCUGCACCGUUCUUCGUCAUCACCGGACCGCACCUACAACAUGGAAAUCGGGUCCACACUUUCUGACGUCCGCAUCCCUGUCCACGAAUUUGUUUUGGCUGGACGCAGCCGUAUAUUGCGAGAUGCUCUGCUCGAUCAUCGGGUCAAAGGUACCGAACAUGUCAUUUCUGAUUUGUUGACGGUCAAAGCAGAAGGCGGGCGACUCUUGGUCCUCUUCCAAGGACUUGAUUUCCUCACCAUAUUCAACUUGGUUCUCUACGCUUAUACCGACUCCGUUGUUGACUUCUGGAACGUCACUCGACAUUACCCUACUAUGGCCCAUAGAUACCGCUCAGUACGGACAGAAUUGAUGAAGGUCGCUUCUCGUCUUGAACUGCGACAGCUCGAGCCUGCCGUGCGCCAGAUGGUCAAACCGCGCAAGUCUUUGCACAUUGACAUGGAGCUCGCUAUCAAGGAUCCUUCUUUCUUUGAAAGUGGGGAUGUCAUUGUUGACCUUGCUGAUGGCGAGAUGCUUUUGCAUUCUGAUGUCAUCUGUCAGCGCUGUCCUUUCUUCGAAGGCAUGUUCAGAGGCCGUGCUGCUGGUCAGUGGCUCGAAGGAAGGCGGACCGAGGAGUCUCCAAUCGUUCGUAUUGACCUCAGCCACGUGGAGAAGCGUCUUUUCGAGCUCGUCGUUCGUCACAUCUAUACUGAUGCUGGGGAAGAGAUCUUCGAGGACGUUACAAGCGAGGAUUUGAACGAUUUACUGGCACUUGAUGAACUGCUUGACCAUGUCAUGGACAUUAUGUCUGUCGCUAACGAACUGAUGCUGGAUCGUUUGACGCAGAUCUGCCAAAGGCUGAUAGGACGCUAUGGUAUGUAUGGUUUCGGUUACUCUGAUGCAAAUACUGACCUUACCGCAGUGAACGCUCGAAAUGUUUGCUCUCUCCUAACAGCAGUGGCACCAAGCUCUGUCGCAGAGUUCAAGGAUGCGGCUCUGGAGUACGUUUGCCUAAGCUUGGAGGCAGUAAUGCAGAAUGGUUCAUUGGACGAGCUAGACGAAGAUCUGUUGCUGGAGCUCAAUCAGGUUGCCCAUGAGAAUCAACUCGCUUAUCUCCCUUUUGCUAGGAGUGGCCGAGCUGAGACUCUUCUCUUCGAUCGGUACCCAGAGCUUGCUGAGAGGAUCGAGCGAGGCAAGCGCGCUAAAGUUGAUGCCAUAGUACUUUCGAACAAGUACGCCGAUGGCGACAGUAUUUCGACGUCUUUCCGAGCACAGAGCUUAGAAGAAGUUGCAGCUUCACCUCUCCGCCAGCGCAACCGAAGGCGAGCAUCCAAAGAUGCUAAGAGUCCAGCUUUAACUCCAGCGCUGAAGAGCAAAGGCUCAGUUCCAGAUCUCAUGUUUGACAUGUCCGAUGGAGAUGAAGACGAUGAUGCUGCACCUAGGAAGAUCAAACCUCCUCAAUUUACAGAGCAAAGCGGAGACGAAAGAUUGGUGGAGACACCAGUGGGAUCUCUCGAGGCACCAUGGGGCUCGGUUCAAAAGCCUGAUCAACCUUCUCACGCUUUUGGUAGAGUUGCGGACUUAUCACUAAAGUCUAGGAGUCCUGUUCCUCAAUCAUCUGUCAAGGAGGAGAGGCCACCCGGUCAACCUUGGGGCAGUACCCCCCUUGCGGCACCUAAACUUGACCUCAAAGACAUCAUGGCCCAAGACUCUUCAGCAACGCCAUCAAAUCUAACCAUCGGCCUAUCACGAGGGGAGAGCGAGCGUAUUGCAAAGGCUGCACACGCCAAGUUGUCCCAAAAGGAGCGUAAGCGACUUCAACAAGCCCAGCAAUUUGGUACGCCAAUCGAGAAACCGCAACCAGUUCCCCCAGCUGUAUCUCCAUGGCAGGCAACAGCUCAUCGAAAGCCAAGCAACAGCACUGCUAUGUCUCCAACAGCACAGCCAUCUCCUACGCCAACACCGCAGCCUUCGCAGCCGUCUAACACACCCCAUCUUACUAUGCGCCAAACCGUUGCGAACAAGGGCGGAUCUUCCAAGCAGAAGGACAAACGUAGUGCAUCGAAGGGUCAAGUUGCAACAGGAACCUCUUCGCCUUCAAAGACACGUCCCAUCGCUUCGGAGCGGGGAAUGUCAGUGUCGACUGAUCCGAUCCCAACACCUCGAUCUGUCCGCCACAUCCCCUUGCCACAACAUUCACCUACCUCGCCCAGCCAGCACCUCAGUAUGAUGGAGAUUCUAUCACUCCAAGAAGCGGAGAAGACGUCCAUACGCGACGCUGCAGCCAAGCGUAGUCUGCAAGAAAUCCAACAAGAGCAGGAAUUCCAGCAAUGGUGGGAUCAGGAAAGCCGACGGGUAAUCGAAGAAGAAGCGCAAACGAAGAGACUGUUAGACCGAGCUGCCAAAGCUGCUGCUCGUGGUAGAGGUCAGAAGGGUCGCAGUGGUAGGGGUGGGAAAGCAAAGUGCCAAGAGAAGAAAGAUGGUGUUGAAGACGCUGAUCGUAGCAAGGGAAAGACCGAUGGAAGUGCUGGUUCAUCUGCCACAUCUACCAAAAACGACGGACCAAAAUCAGGAUCCAAACAUGAUGGUGGCGGCCGGGCACCAGGACAAGAGAACGCAAGUCGAGGCGGCCGGGGUAGAAUCGGACGCGGUGGUCGGCCUGGUGGUGCAAGAGGCGGACGUGCACAGGGUACACCACGGGAUGGUACUGCUACGUCUGUACCACAAGGACAAGCUUCGGCCUCGUAG